CAACGUUAUGUUGCUACAGGUGAUACGAACAAUAAGGGGAAUAUAAACAACCCUAUGAUUAGUCGUUAGAAUAGAAACCUUGACGAAUUACUCAUUGAAUACACGCGGAAACCAUGGAGAAUGAUGUGGACGAAGUCGACGCUAAUCCACGUAAUCCUAGCAAUGUUCGGAUUUCAAUAACACGGGCAUCAUUUUCGGAAGAAGAAGACGAACCCAACGACACAGAUUUCACUCGAACGCGAUCAGAUUCAGACAGUAGUAUUGACGAGAAAGAAAUGGAGAAAAUGAUGCAGGAAGAUGACAACAACGAAAAUGAACAGUUACAAAACGGAGUAGGCGGAUCAGAUGGACAAUAUGGCGGUUCUUCCGACGUCAAAAACUCAAGGACGUCUGAAGAAGACGAAGUCAGAAAAGCGUUCGAAAAUGGCGUGACAUUGAGUGAAGAUGGUGAAUCUUCCUCAGCAAGUCAACGACGUGCAACCCAAGGCGAAUCGAGUGAAUCACCGGAAAGUCGAAACAUGGAAGACUCUCAGGAAUCACCCGCGAAAAGUCCAGCUAUGGAAAUGAUUGGAGACCGUGUUCUUAUAGAACGUGACGGUAAAUUCGAACUGGUCGAUGUGAGUGAAAUCAAAGCCGAGUACUAUGACAUGUUAGGGAUAUCAACUGACACAGCAAAUAGUAAGGAGGCCGAAAAAACCGAGAGCGAAGGAACCGCGAGCGAUGCAUCGGAAAAUAUUUCAAAGGACAUGGUAGAAGAAAAACCUGUACCGAGAGCGAGACCAAAAACAACAUCAGUGCACGAACUUCAUCGACGAAAUGAAAAGAAAAGAACUACUCGAAGUUCUGAAAGAACUCGCAGUCAGAGCGCGAAGGCUGUUCGACAAAAAAACGACGAAUAUUCUCAUAUUAAAUCUCCAUACGCAAUGACUGAGCAACAACUCGAAAUUAGAAGGAAAUGCAUGGAAGCGAAACGAAGAAGAGAGAAAGAAGAAGAGGAAAGAGAAAGAGAAGAACAGCAAAGGAGGAGAGAAGAUGCAGAUAGAGCAUUCCAGGUGUGUGUUCAGUAACGUAUUACAUGUAAUUUAUAAGUAAACCUAAGUAGAAGCUGUGGGUGCAUGCUGAUCAGAUCUUCUUGAAUCGAACAUUCGUCAGUACUGUUAACACGACAAGAAAUAUUGGCUUUUUCAUGACGUCCCUGGCAUGAUUAGUCGCGCAAUUUUGGGUGAACUCUUUAUAGUUGAAGUAUAAAAAUCUAUUAACACCUGAUGUGUCAAGAGUACAUUAUUCGUUGAAUUGUAAGUGUUGAACACUUAUUUUGUUGACAAAAACCUUACGUUUAUGUUGAAUAAUCAAAUAUGCAUCAAGAUCAUUAACCAUAUGAGGUCCUCAGGUCGUGCUAUUUUUUAAUGACGUUUUAGGUUGAAACGCUUCAUUUUCCUUUGACUGAGUGCCCACUAUUUUGAAAAGUUAAGGCAAGAAUAGAAAUGCAUAUAUUUUUCACCAAAAUUUAGUUCAAAAUGAUUGGCUAAACUUAGCAAUACAGUCAACUCCCAAUUAUUGGGGACACCCUCGAUACCGUGGUUUAGUGUCCGUAAUAACGAGAGUCCGUAAUAACAGGGUGGGAGAAAAAAAUUCCUUGAUAUUAGAGGAUAUUGUACAUUGUCUGCAGAACCAAUUGCAGUGCAGUUUUUGCAUUUAAAGAGCAUCAGAACUUUUUUUGCAAAUGAAACAAAUUGUAACAGAAAAGAAGUUGCAUCUCCCUUUUGUUCACCACAACGGUAGUUUCUUAGAAAGAUCGUGUUAAACUGGAAUCAGAAAUAUGUUCACUUUUCAACCAAAAUGGCAGAGACAAAGAGAAAAAGAGGAAGAAAUAAAUUAUAAUUUGAGAUAAUUCUGCCUAAAUGUCAAAAGAUGCUGAUUGAUGUACGUUAUAAUGAUGUGAAGUAUAUGAAAUAAUUCUUUUUUGAACUGCGGUUGUAGAUGAGAAGUGAAGAAUGAUCAUUUACUGCAAUUAUCAUUCUUCACUUUCAUCUACAACCGCAGUUCAAAGAUGAAUUAUUUCAUAUACUUCACAUCAUUUCACUCCUCACCGGAGAUAUGAACUCAAUAAAUUGACCUCGCUCCCAAUGUGUGGCUUCAGCUCAGUUGGUAGAGCAAUGCACCAGUAACGCAGAGGUCACGGGUUCGAAUCCCGUUGAAGCCCUGAUUUUUUUCAGGCUUCUUCUUUCCAAUUGCUUAAAUCGGAAAAUUUACUGCGAUGAUCAAUCUUCGCUUUUGUCUGUUAUAAUGAGAGUUAGAACAAUAAAAUAGUGCUGUUGGGACCAAGAGAGGUGUCUGUAAGUCCGUAAUAGCGAGAUUCCGUAAUAGGGGGAGUUUGUUCCAGUCAAAUAUCUGUAAUUUUUCGCCGGGAAUUCAGAAGCUGUCUGUAUUAGCGAUGUUGGGCUCCAUAAUAGUGAGGUGUCUGCAAGGCGUGGGUUUACUGUACCUGGCCACCGAAAUUUUCCCCAACAUCCCCUGCUAAUGCAGUCUGCAGUCAGGAACACUAGAUCAGUUCUGCUACCACAGUACCAUGGUUUGCAGUCCAGUGAAGGGAUAUACAUGUAAUAUAUAAUUACCUCAUUCUUUAAUCAACAAAUCCCUGCCAACUAAGCCAGCUUGCAGUUUAAAAUGGGCAGCCAUUCUGCUAAACUUAUUAUUCGGUGACUUUGGGACUGCAAACUGCGGUGUGACAGCCUGUUUAACUGCUUGUAUUAAUAGACGGACCAUGGUUUGAAGUUUUUAGGUGGCUAGGUAUUCUCAAGUUGCUCCAAAUUAAAAUGUCGUCCAGGGGAGGUCAUGCUCAUGUGGUGGUACCCAGCAGAAAAUGCUUAAAACACAAUAGAUAGAUUGUCAUGCAGUUCCCUUCAAUAUAUUUAAAAGUUAAGGAAGCACUGUAUACUGUAGCCAAUGCUAUUUAUGAGCUGAGCAAAGUACUGAUUUAUAAGAACCCUUAACAUCCUGAGGACAAGCCUGGCUUGGUACAACAGCGUGCAAAGGUCAUGUCCGAUAGCCCAGGCUUGGUGGAUUUUGUUGGCAGGCAUGUGAAUUCUGUUCUGCCUAACAGGCAAGUGAAGUUUUCUGGGGGAGUUCAAAUAACAGAAAAACUGUAAUCAAUUAAUUUCAUAAAAAUUUUUUUGGCUAGUUAAAAUGACUUUGGGCUAGUAAAUGCUGGCUAUUUAUAUAAUUAAUAUAGAUAACACUACACUAGAAUUAGAGGCUAUCUUGCAAAUACUGCCAUCUCUCCUUGCCGCGAGAGACAUUUUGCAGGAAAGACAUCUGUGCUUCACAACAGAAAUUCCAUACUCUUGACGUAAAAUCUGUCCAGAAUCUGGUCAGGAGCUCUGAUUGGUCGAUGUAGUAGUUGAACUGACUUUUUUCAACUAUUGCUUGUGAAUGACAGUCAAAAGACAAAAGGCCACAAAACUGAAAUGUAAAUUCGAUAAAUGGCCAAAAAAACAGUCAAUGUUAGUAGAAUUUAUUCUUCUUUAGAAGUAUUUGAGUUUUGCUGGAGCUCGCUCCCAGAAGAAUGCAAAACUUAACCAUAAUCGACCAGGAGAAACAUAAAAGUGAACAAAGUAACAUUUGAACUCCGUGACUACCUGUUUAAUAUGUAAACAUUAAUUUAUGUCAUCAGCAUGGAAUUUCUGUUGCUGAGACAGGCAUCUUCCCUGCGUAAUGUCCCUAGCAGCAAGGAGAAAUGGCUGAUGUAUGUGCAGGCUACACAUACCUUUGAGCAAGCUGUAAAACUGACUUCCUUUGCAUCCUAGUGUAUAGUACUGAAUCUUGCCUCUUUUUGCAGGCAUGGUUGUAUGCUAAAGUAGAAGCAGCACAUCAGGCCAGGUUAAACCAGCCAGAUCCAAAUAUAGAAAAACAGAAGAAAGUAGAAAGACUUAAAGAGGCAAAUACUGCAUAUACUGAAUGGCUGGAAACGAAAAGAAAACAAGACAAAGCUUUACGAGAAGUGGAAGGGAGGAGAAGAGCUGAUGAAGCAGCCCAAUAUGCAAUUCGAGAUCGGCAACUUUGCGAUGAAGCUUUUAGAAGGUAACCAUGGAAACCUACUGCCUUAACUUUUCUUAAUCUAUUCCUAACUUGUAAAUAUUUAAAUCCUGGGGUGGAUACUCUGUAUGAUGGACUUUACAGGGAUGCUGCUGAAAGGAGCAUAACUUAUUUACCCUUAUCAUGUGUGAGCUAUACUAGGUACUUCUAAAUGCUGGUAAGGAGACGGGGGAACCUGCUAUUCACUAUAAGGUAUUAAAAUGGGUCUUUCAAAGUAUCUCAAAGAGAUCCACCUGACAGAUGGCGUGUAUGGUCUGUUUAAGCAUUUGAAGAGGUUACCAGUAAUCAGUUGUUAGCAGAGUUCAUUUCCAUUUUGUGUCUUAACCAAGAUGCUUCUUUAGUAGGUAUUUGAGUUCCUUUUUGGUCUAAAGGGUUAUUGUGCAAAAGGGAGGGGUUGAAUCUUGGAACAGAGCAUUAUUGUUAAGACUUGGGGCAGACAAGCUGAGUGGCCAGCACAUCAGACUCACGAGUACUCAUACAGGUUCCAGUCUCACCCUCAUGACACAAGCCUUAAGUAGGUUUUCUCAGUAGUCCAAAUUUUCAAUCCUCUGUCCUCAGUCUCGUCUUGCUACAAGUCGACCUCUCAUAAGUUCCUAAAAGUGAGCAAAGCAAGCUUCAAUAUUGCAUGAGGUCGCGCAGUGAUCAAGUGAGUGACAAAAUCUGGUGAUUGACCUGAUUGGUCAAUUGAUGUUAUGUCUGCUACUGGAUGUCUGUCAGUCAACCCGUGAUGUUGUUGGCUAUGAAGACCGGAAAUGUCACUGGUGGAUUGAUUAUUUGAGUGGGGACCUUUUCAUUUGUAAACUAUCUAAUGCACCAAAUUUGCACUUCUAUUAUAGACAAAGAUUUACAUAAUUUUUUCUUUCCCCAGUAUUAUUGCCUUUUCAGUCCCAUCCAAAUAAUUACUAAUUUUUGUCAUGUCCAUCUUUGUUAGCUUGUUCUAGCCCAUUAUAGAGCCAUGUUUGUGUCUACAGUUUUGUGAGAUUUUUAUCUAGGCNAUGCUUCUUUAGUAGGUAUUUGAGUUCCUUUUUGGUCUAAAGGGUUAUUGUGCAAAAGGGAGGGGUUGAAUCUUGGAACAGAGCAUUAUUGUUAAGACUUGGGGCAGACAAGCUGAGUGGCCAGCACAUCAGACUCACGAGUACUCAUACAGGUUCCAGUCUCACCCUCAUGACACAAGCCUUAAGUAGGUUUUCUCAGUAGUCCAAAUUUUCAAUCCUCUGUCCUCAGUCUCGUCUUGCUACAAGUCGACCUCUCAUAAGUUCCUAAAAGUGAGCAAAGCAAGCUUCAAUAUUGCAUGAGGUCGCGCAGUGAUCAAGUGAGUGACAAAAUCUGGUGAUUGACCUGAUUGGUCAAUUGAUGUUAUGUCUGCUACUGGAUGUCUGUCAGUCAACCCGUGAUGUUGUUGGCUAUGAAGACCGGAAAUGUCACUGGUGGAUUGAUUAUUUGAGUGGGGACCUUUUCAUUUGUAAACUAUCUAAUGCACCAAAUUUGCACUUCUAUUAUAGACAAAGAUUUACAUAAUUUUUUCUUUCCCCAGUAUUAUUGCCUUUUCAGUCCCAUCCAAAUAAUUACUAAUUUUUGUCAUGUCCAUCUUUGUUAGCUUGUUCUAGCCCAUUAUAGAGCCAUGUUUGUGUCUACAGUUUUGUGAGAUUUUUAUCUAGGCCAGGUUCAAACAUCGAAUUCCACAUGUGCUGAAUUUAACUCCUAUUUUGGUCGACUGAAAUAAUAAAGUCAUGUAAAUACCGCAGUUGAUUAAUGUAAACAUCGGAUAUAAUGUUGCCAAGUUUAACACCAUUUGUUGUAAAUAUUCCUAUUCCCUAAAACAACUUAUCCAAAAUGGAUAAUAGUUUCUCAAUUCUAUAAUAAUUAUUAAUGUAUUGUAUUCGACACAUGUGAAAUGCGACGUCAGAAUCAAAUGUCAAGCCUAAGUCAAAUCUUCCUCUGUUGCAGUUUCAGGUUUGGCAAAGUCGUAUUCAAUUUGAAAAGGUCGAAUUUAAGUGAGUCAGAUGUCACUUCUCACUUGCAGUUAAUUCUUAAGUUAAAUUUGGCAUAUGUGAAAUUCGACGUUUGAACUGGGCCUUGGUUACAUGAUAAUUAUAGUUUAUUCUAAUGUGUGAUUAAUGGUAACAGGUGGCUAAGAAAAAAGAAACAAGAAGAAGCAGCUAAAAAUGCAGCAAAGAAGAAAAAGAAACAACCAAAACUGAAGAGAAAAGAGCCGCUUCCACUCAACUCACAUAAGAACAGGUGAAUAUGCAAACUUUGAUUAAUUGUUUAGAACUGACUCUCCUAAGUAACAGCUUGUGUAGCAGACGUCGAAAGGGCUAGGAGGUAGGGGAUAGGGAGGAAGGGAAAAAGGGGUGGGGGAUUCGGGAGAAGGAGAGGGGACCCUUUCCUUUUCCCUUUCUCCCUCCCCCCUCCCCCUCCCCUUUUUGCGCCUGUCACGUAGGCUAAAGUAACACCUCUUAAACAUCACCAUGUACCUCCCUAAAAAGGAUGCCUAGAGUUGAUCUCUGCCUUCCCUGACUCUUUAUAAACGGCUAUUAACAUGAUACUGGAAUGACUUUCAUUCCAGGGGGGAAUCUCUGAUAUAUGGGCCUAUAGGGUAUAGCUUUUGAGGAUCUCAAUCCUUAAAAGGGUAUCAUUUUUCCCAUUUUGGCAUUGUCUUCCCAGUGUGAUCCUCUGAUAGGGUACUCAAAUUGUAUCAGCUAAAAUACAAGUGUGUAAAUGUGCAGCUACAUGAGAAACAAUUCAUCUGUUAGAAUGGUGAAAGCGAUUUAAUAAAGGUUGUGUAGCUGUUAAAUUCUUUUCUUUUGUUUUUUCCCUCGAAUAGGGAGUCUUUUUCGGGUUUGAGCCUUAAGCCCUGUGCAAACGGACGCAACAUUGUUGGCCAACAACUCCCAACAUUGUUGGAUGUUACAUGUUGCGUCCGUUUGCACACCAUGUUGCAUGUUGUUGGAUGUUGUUGCGCGUUGUUGCACAAAGUUUGAAACCGGUCAAACUUUUCAGCCAACAACUCCCAACAUUUCUUUUGUUCUGUGAUCGCCGAAGCGUAGCGCAACAAUGUUGGAUCCGUUUGCACAGCUCUUCCAACAUUGAUGGGGCCACGCACGCUCAUUACCCAUGGAUUACAAAGACUUAUGGGUUGUACCCUUCCCACGAUGCACUGCAGGUCCCAACAUUGUUGGGACUGAGUUGUUGCAUCCGUUUGCACACCACUGCCAACACGCGCGCAACAACUCCCAACAUUGUUGGCGCAACAAUGUUGGGAGUUGUUGCGCCCGUUUGCACGCCGCCUUACUUAGGGUGCCAAUUUUUGUUUUUUUCAACUUUAAUUAAAUAGGGUCGGAGUUUAAGGGCCUGUUUACAUAGAGUGGGGGACCCUAGCCUGCGUGCAGACGAUAACUAAACUCUGAUUAGUACCGUCUGCGAAACAACGCAGAGAUCCUUGUUCUGGACCCCCAACGGACUCAACGAAUUACCGGAAGUGCGUUUCGAAUUUCCCUUCAACCUGAUUGGCGAUCACGACAAACAAAACAAAGGCCUUUUUUAACUGGCCAAUCGUGGCGCGUACUCAAAUCUGGGUACGCAGCUGGAAGUCCAGAACAAGGAUUUCGGCGCUGUUUCGCAGACGGAGUUAACCAGAGUUUAAUUUCGUCUGCGCGCAGGCUAGGGGGACCCCGGUCUAGUGGGGUUGGUUUCUUUUGUUUUCACGCUCUGAGGGACAAAACAAAAGAAACCUACCCCACUAGACCGGGGUCCCCCACUCCAUGUAAACAGGGUCUAAGACCCUGGGCAGCACACACACACCUAUCAGAAGUUCAUGGGAGUGUUUUUUAAUAGUUUAAAGCCCCGUAGCUAAACGGUGGUAGAUUCAUCACAUGCUCUAGACAGCGACGGCAAACUUACUCAGGGACCCAAAGUACUAAAGCACGCUCAGGUUGUGCACAGUUCUGAAUUUCCAGGGUAACAUGCAUGCAUUCAUCAUUAUCUUACUUUCUUGUUUCAAGACUCCUAGAAAUAUCCUGAUUUGUUAAUAUUGUUCUUCUGUUUGAUGCAUUACAGAUACUACGAGUACUAUGGCUACCGAAACACUGUAGUACUCUGAUGCCAGCUCAAGAGAGGGUGCCGAAAGAAUUCUACAGUUAUCCUCAAGAAAAUGGUUCCUCUGUCAAAACCUCUGCAGAUAGCAAAUCAAAGUGUGAGAGAGAAAACACUCUAAAUUAAAAGCGACGAUUGCGGAUGUCUGCUAAAACGUCGAAACAGAAUGAAAGAACGAAUCUAUACAAGAAAAUAACAAGAAGAUCGUAAUUGGGGUUAUCGUAAGCCGUUACUCGGCCAAAAUUUGACGUGUUAAGUUGUAAAAAGAAUUUACCGUGAAAAAAGUUUAUACUAAUAGCGUUGCCAUUUUGAAAGUGUCAAGAUAGGUUGCUAAGAUUUCUUUGUUUCUUUUCUUGAUCCUUUUAUUUUUCAUCUCGUAUUGGUCCCAAGAGACCUUAGAUCUGAAACGUGCUUUAUAAAUUAACUUGUUAGUUUUAAAACAAUUUUAAACUAUCCUUAUAUCGUAAUGGAAAGAAAUUAACCACUGGUGGUGUAAAAGCCGAAAUAAGAAAUAAAAUUACAUUUGAGUAUUAAGGCCACACCCCGUUCAUAAGUUGUCAGAUUCUGUUGCCAUCCACUGAACAUGAUUUACGGUUGUUUUGCCUACAAGUCGUUUCGCCAACGUUCUGUUCGCUAACGUAUUAAGUCGUUUCGCAAAAGUGCUAGGUCAGUCCCCCAACUUCAUUAACCUAAUCACUGGCUAAAACAACGAGUUAUACACAUAUGUAUUAGACUUUUACGAAUUAUAGCUGAAAGAGCGAGGUAUAUACAUGUGUAGCGCUCGUUGUGUUUCGUAAGGGAAACGACUUAAGCCGUUUGCGAAAGGGACGAUGGCGAAACAACGCGUUGGCGAAAUAACCGGU